ACGGUUAUCUAAUGCAUUGCUGCUCUAAUUGAAGUUCUUACGAGUGAUGGGUUUGGAGGAGAAAGUAGCAAAGACAUGCAACACCAAGGACAAUGCUAGCCAAACUUGGACCUUGUGUACACAUGCUUUUUAUGAUUUAACGCAUGUCUCUCCCGUGGUAUUUAUGGUUUUGCUGAAAGAAUAUUAUUAUUACGGUACAUGUAAGGCAACUGCAAAAUUCAGAGCCCUCCAAAAUCAAAUACAUCUUGUUCUCCAUAAUGAUCCAAAACCUGGACCAGCAACUUUUAUUGUUCAUUGCAUGUAUGUGUCUCCAUUAUUUGAAGAUCAUAGUCAAGGAUUUACUCAUAUGAUAGUAUCUGCUCUUCGCCGAUUCCUAAAAAGAUCAACCACAAUAGAAAACUCAUUGGAGGUGAAAGACUUGGUAGCACAUCUACUUGUAGAUGUUAUGAGGGGCCAGAUCUAUCAUGAUGAAAAGAUAGUCAUGAAGCUAGUCGAGAUUUUUGAUGUAAAACUAACUAAUAUUGAGAAAGCAAUGUGCCAACUUAAGGAAAAACAUGAUUUAAGUUGUGGCUUAGCAAAAGAAUUGGUUGAAGAGUAUAUUGUUACUUUGGUAAAAUCCCAGUUGUACAUGACAGCUGUAACUUUAAUGGAGCAAUUCUCUAUCUACCAUUAUGGCCAGUCUUUUCUCCUUGAUAUGAUACAGAGUAAUCAAUUCAAAGCGGCAGAGAAGUGGGCAACAUUUAUGGGGAAACCAAUGUUAUCCAUACUUGUAAAUGAGUUCAAUGAGAGGAACAUGCUAAAGAAUGCAUCUGAGAUUAUAAAGGAAAAUAAUCUAAAGCAGGAAUUUCCAGACGUAUACAAAAGGUCUAAGGAAAGCUCACUAAAAAACUUAGCAGAAAAAGGAUGUUGGGAUGUUGCCGAGGCAAAAAUAAACAAUGAUAUGCACCUUAUGGAAUAUUUGGUUUAUUUGGCAAUGGAAGCUGGUUACACAGAGAAAGUUGAUGAACUAUGUCAUCGGUACUCCCUGGAGAGGUUUUUGGACACCCGAGUACCAGAAACAAGUAACCUGCAAGGGCGAUAUUUAUGUCUUGACGAGUUAUUGGUUGAAAACAUCAUUUGGGUUGAUGAAGCGGAAAUUUUGUUUGAUGCAACAAGGCAUAUUGAGGGGUUUAACGUUGUAGGUCUUGAUUGUGAAUGGAAACCCAAUUAUGUAAAAGGUAGCAAACCAAACAAGGUUUCUAUCUUGCAAAUUGCUUCUGAAAAGAUGGUUUUUAUCUUUGAUCUGAUAAAGUUACACAAAGAAAUACCUGACAUUUUAGAUGAUUGCCUAUCUCGCAUUUUGCUGUCACCUAGAAUUCUAAAACUUGGCUAUAAUUUCCAAUGCGAUGUAAGGCAACUUUCUCACUCGUAUGGAGAAUUGAGGUGUUUCAAGAACUAUGAAAUGUUACUGGAUAUCCAGAAUAUUUUUAAAGAACUCCGGGGUGGUUUGGCUGGGCUUACGGAGAAAAUAUUGGGAGCUAGUUUAAACAAGACAAGACGAAACAGCAAUUGGGAGCAACGACCAUUAACUCCAAAUCAAUUGGAAUAUGCUGCUCUGGAUGCUGUUGUUCUUGUUCACAUAUUCCGUCAUCUUCCUGGUCAUGGACAUGAUAAACCUGAGUGGAAGUCUUUCAUCGUAUCCCGCAAUGAAAACGGCAAGAAAUCCAAGAAACAUACACCGAAAGUUCUAGACACUGAAAUCGAUACCAGCAAGCCUUCGUUCUGAACUUAGAUCCAUUUUGUAUAUAUGGAAAACUUUCUGUGAAAAAAUAAGAAACUUUCAUUAUGGUCAUUAAUUUCAUUGAAUAGUAUCUUUUUCUUUUGGUAAAUAUAUCAGUAUAUAAACAACAUUUUUACCCAAGAAGAAAGAGACAUGAAUAAGUACAAAUAUUUGAUAAUCUUUACACUUCUAGAUCU